AUGCCGAAACGCCUUCUCCAGUAUGCUCUAUCACGACUAGAGAUUCUGGAGACCGACGGACUUGACCUAGAAAAUUUAGAUAUUGCUUGGGGAAAGAAUAGUACUUUUGAGUUUAGGGACGUGGGGUUACGGUUGAGGAAACUCGAGAAUAUACUUCAGCUACCUCCCUCCUUCGAACUCAACAAAGCCCGGGUAUUACUCCUCCGCCUCACGAUACCAGUUGAUAUAUAUAGCAGUCCUAUUGUUGUUGAAGUGGAUGGGGUUGAAGGGCAGUUGCGUGUAAAAUCAAAGCCUGAGAAUAGCACAGCUCCGACAUCUCGGACAGAUCAUGACCGAAACAGAAAUGGAAAAUCCUCACAUCCAGCGAUUUUUGGAGCUAAAAGUUCCAGCUCAAGAAGUCGAGGCGGGAGAGGAGGGUCGGAUUUUAUGGAGGAUGACAUGGAUCCUGCGAUCCCAACGGCUGCUGAUCUGGCCGAAUCAUUCCUACAAACAGAACCAGAAAAAGAAAGGGCAGAAUUGGAAGCCGCUAUACUGUCAGAGACUGAGGAACUUGGAGCAGCCUCUGUUUUAAGCGACGAUGGAGAACUACCUAUUGGAACGGGUGCUCCUCUCUCCUUACCCGGCUUUAUGACCAGGUUCCUCCAGGGUAUCGUCGAUCGUUUACAGGUUAGAAUACAUGGUAUAUCUGUUAAUUUGGAUAUCGAUAUUCCCGUGGAGAGUUCAAGAGCAACGAUAUCGAAUGGCACCGAUCCCGUCACGAUUCAGUUAAGGAUAGACAAUGUGGAUAUUGAAGGAGUUACUCAUGAUAUGGACGAGUCAUCUCUGGUGGAGGAUGACAGUCAAAAGCUGAAGCAUAAGGAUGGGAAGCGAUUGGUAUCUCUUUCGAAAAUUCGUGGCGCUCUGAUAUCUGAGGCAAACUUAUUUUCUAGUCUUGCUAGAUCAUCUGCCCUGUCUUCUCCGUCAGCAGCACAUUCAGAUAUGUCCGAGAGAAAGUCAAUGCCCAGAUUUUCAAGUACUCGAGCUAGUGGAUUUCGGACGGCUGAUGGAACAUCAUCUGACCAUGAGUCCAUUGGUUCAUCUAGGAGGUCUUUGCCACAUUCCCCCUCAAGGAGUGCAAGCGGUCUACGCUCUCUCAACGCGUCUACCGUUGCUAGUGACACUGGGCGUUUUGAUGAUGCUUCGGAGGAUGGAGAGGCCUCGAACCUCUCCGGAAGCCUCCGCGAUAGUCUCAGUGAAGCAGGUGACAGCUUGUUCCAGAACUCCGCAUAUCUGGAUGAACUUACAGAAAGCCAAUUUCUGGACGAGGAAGAAAAUAGGGGAGGAGUCAGUCUUCCUCCGUCAUCUUUCCAUGAUAUCCAAACAAGCGCCGGUCCCUCGACCCCGAAAGCUUCGGCACAUAUGGUAGCGACCCCGGAAGGGGAAACGCAGCACGUUGGAACAGAAUACUUCGAUUCCAACGUUGUUCCCGGACCAGAGACUCAGUCAAUGCUGCAGUCGACUAUAUUGCCAAUGAGGCCGCACUCUCGGUUCGCAGCCGACCGAGUUUCGCGGUCCCAGCCCUUGCUUUCAACAGGGCGAGGCAUGGCUUCUCCAAUUGGAAUGGAGUCUCCUCGCAAGGAUGUAGGAAUAGAUUUCCAUGAUACAGACGAUAUCAUUGACGGUAGUGGUGAUGAAGAGGCCGUUACCCCUGUAGCAGAGGAUGAUCUCUCAAAAUCCCAGUUAUUUAGUCAUGAGGAUGCUGAAAGUAUGUAUAUGAGCGCUAUUUCUCAUACAUCUUCCGCGGGGAAAGUCCCUGGAGGCUGGUCAAAUUCUAGUGGUGAUAGCGAUGGCCCACCAACCGCACCUGGGAGCCCCGUGUCACCACAGCUACGAAACGAGUCGAGAGAUAACCUAGAACAUGCUCUACAACACCCCGCUACAGAGUCUCCGGAUUCUAAUAUUAUGCAGCGAUCAUCUGCCUCCAUGUCGGCAACUAUGCGAGGAUCAACCUUUUCGAAUUCUGCAACGUUUACGCACAAACGCAAGAAUCCUUCAAUUCCUCACGUUUCAAGCGGCGUGUCGGAGCGCUCAGCAACUUCUUCGGAUUACUGCUCUCGUCUAACGAAGCAAAUACUUAGCCUUGAUCGGGUUGAUAUAUAUAUCCCUACUGGGAUUCCAGAGACAGAUUCUGAGGACGUUCCUAGUGUGCCUAUGAAAAAUCCUAUAGAUGGGCAACGGGAUACAUCGCAGUCUGUGUCCGUCAAUAUACCUGGAUCAUUUUCCACACAUCUCCCCGGAAAGCAAAAUCCAACUCCUCCCGUUCCUUUGCGGGUGAAACAACCAGGGCCAGAGCCAAGAGCGAAGCCUCAACCUAAAGACAAUGCUAUUGAGGUUGUUGUUGGCAAGCUAUUAACUCAAUUUGACAUCUCUAUCGGGAGAUUAAUUUUCAAAAUUGUUCGCCAGCUACAGGAGACCCUUAACCAGGACUCUACAUCCCCAUCUCAUCCUGAAACAGAGCCUAAGGAACCAAGCCUUAACCCUAAUGCGGUCGACUUCAAACUCUGUGCUCAGAAGGUCUCUCUAAUAUUCCUAGAGAGGCUUGAAGGCACUCAUGGUUCUGCCAAUGCUAUGGUUGAUACGGGCCAUUGGGUAGGUCCACCGGACGCUGAUAUACUUCUACGGACUGCCAUCGACGGCCUCAAAGUUGAUUCGCACACUUUCCAGUCAGCUUCGAAUACAAUAGUAACAGUGCAAAAAUUUAGUUUUGGCUAUGCACAGGAGAAUAUCGUGUCUUUCAAUGCUGGCUUGCAGAUGCGUGCUUCUGUCCGUGACCUGAAAACAUCCGACGGUAUUGACUUACGGGUCAACCUGUCGAAAAAGGACGGCAUUAGCCGAUGCGAAGUCAUCACAUUGCCAAUGCAUAUAUCAAUAGACCUCCAAAGGCUCGAUGAGUCGUUUAGCUGGUUUGGAGGGCUUAGCAGUGUUUUGAACUUGGGAAGCUCGAUUGCAUCCAACGCAACCAUUACGGCAACAAAUUCUGGCAAAUCCAAACCUCAUGGUGUACGCUUCGAAACCCCUAUAAAGCCGGAUGACAAAUCACAGGUUGCGCAGAACAAAGCCGAUAUUAGAAUUGGCGGGUUUGUGCUGGACCUAGUAGGAGCCGAGUGUAGUAUAGGGGUCGAAACUUCAGCAAUCAAAGUGGUGCAUCGUGAUGAGGGGAUUGGGGCUUUCAUACAGGGUAUAAGGUUAUCGGGGCCACGCCUCAGAUAUUCAAACGACGAACCAGCGAUCAUAGCGGACAUUACCUCAACACGCGUAGAAUAUCUUAUGACCCCAAAGGAUGUCGACUUGGAUCGCUUGCUGUCGCUUAUUACUCCCUCAAAAGCUCAAUAUGACCAAGACGAUGAUAUUCUGCUUGAUACUCUAUUACGUCAACGAAAACAAGGAGCAGUCCUGCGACUCACCGUCGAAGACUUCCAAGUACGCAUGAGCAGGUUAGAUGAACUUAGUUAUCUCCCAGACCUAGGAGAAGAGAUCUCAAGAUUGUCUACAGUUGCCAAAUAUCUACCUGAUGAUGAUCGGCCUGGACUUUUGUCCCUGAUCAUGAUCCGCAAGAUAAACGCCCAUGUCGAUGUCAACAACACUUUGGGAUCUAUUCAGCUCUCAUCCCAUGAUAUUGAAGUAGCACACAUCACGCUUCCAUAUCUUGUUGCACUUAGUGUCGGUGGCGUAUAUGCUCACCGCAAUGGUUCAGAAGAACUUAUUGGCGUCGCUACAGAUCCGGAACUCCGGGAGCUGAGAGCAAGAGCACCAGCAAUUAUGGCACGAAUGAUAGGCGACGAAAUGGAGCCUGUUGUUAGGAUCAAAUUGUGGAAUCUAAGGGUCGAAUAUCGAGUCCCUACUCUCAUGACUUUACUCGGCUUUGUCGACGGUGCGACCACGCAAGAUAUGUCAGCGGGCCUUGCUGAAUCAGUAGCAACAUUGACAAACUUUGCAAGGACGAGGGCUUCGCGGGGGCCACAGACAUCUAGUGCUUCCAACCCCAAAAACAUGGCCCUCGAUGUUGUCAUGAAGGACUGUAUUCUUGGGUUAAAUCCCAUGGGCCUCCCUUCCAAGCUCCUUGUUGUUUUAACCGAGGGUCAUUUGACCGCCGUCCUCCCGAAGGAUGAAAAGACGACAGCUUCUAUGGAAUUAAGCAAAGCCUCACUACUCAUUAUUGACAAUGUUGCCAACGUCAUCACAGGUGGUCUUACGGGGAUGUCGAGACGCCAGUCAUUCGAUGGUGGUAGUAGCCAGGUAGCAGAUCUUUGCAUGAUGGGAUUUGUUUCCAUCAGCUACAUCUCUUCAGCUAAGGCUAUUUUGGUCAUUAACGUUGAUAAUAACGGGGAGCAGUGUAUUGAUGUUGAAUUCCGGGAUGAUCUAUUUGUGCUAGAGACAUGCGCCGAUUCUACGCAGACCUUAAUCGCCGCUCUUAAUGCACUAGCCCCACCUUCAGUCCCGAGCAAGGAAAAUAAAUAUCGUACAAAGGUUAUAGCCGUCGAAGAUCUGCUCGCAUCCUUGUCUGGCGAUGCUUUCGGCACGGCGGAAGGAGACUACAAUUUCGAUGACGACUUUGGCAUCGAGUUGCCAGAGAGCGGCGAAUUAGAAUCGGACGAGUUAGAUUUUGACUCGCACUUCUACCAGCAAGGCUCCGAAGAGCAAUAUGGCGAGGCUGUCGUGGAAGACAUUGGCGGGCUGUCAUCUUCUGCACGCCUAAGCAGCCGAGAUACCCAUGAUGGGGUCUUGUUAGGUAGCUUUGUUGAACCCGAGGCACCGCUAGAGGGAGAACUCGAAUUUCAUGAGGACCAUUUUGGCACUGGUUCUGUGCUGGAAGGGACAGCACACAGAUGGAAUUCUGUAAAGAACACAUAUGACAGGUCAAACUCAUGCAAGAUCCGGAAGAGCCCCCUGAAAGUAUGUGUCCGUGAUAUGCACAUUAUUUGGAACCUCUUUGAUGGGUAUGAUUGGCAAAAUACUCGUGAUACGAUCAGCAAGGCAGUCCAGGACGUGGAGUCGAAAGCCAUUGAGAAACGUGCGCGGAAUGAAAGGCGCUCGACAUUCGAUCAGGAUAUGGACGAGGAGGAGACGGUGAUUGGUGACUUCCUAUUCAACUCAAUUUAUAUCGGCAUCCCUGCAAAUCGCGAUCCUCGUGAGCUUGCCGCAGCGAUUAACCAAGAGUUGAACGAUAAUGUUACUGAGACGGAAUCCCUAGCGACCACGACAUUUUCGUCGUCUCCUAGCCGACAAGGCGGCGCUCGCAGACCCAAGGCAAAGCAGUUACGACUGAACAGAAGCAAGCACCACAAGAUAACUUUUGAGUUAAAGGGGGUCAAUGUUGAUCUUGUGACUUUUCCUCCCGGAACCGGGGAGACUCAGAGUUCGGUGGAUGUUCGUGUCCAUGACUUUGAAAUAUUUGACCACAUCCCCUCAUCGACAUGGAGAAAAUUCGCUACGUAUAUGCAAGAUGCCGGGGAGAGGGAGACCGGGAGUAGCAUGAUCCAUAUGGAGCUUCUUAACGUCAAACCCAUUCCCGACCUUGCAGCGGCCGAGAUUGUGUUGAAAGUAACGAUCCUCCCUCUCCGCCUCCACGUCGAUCAGGACGCCCUCGAUUUCAUCACUCGGUUCUUCGAGUUCAAGGACGACUCCGCACCGGUUCAUUCGUCACCUGGUGACGUUCCGUUCAUCCAGAGGGCAGAGGUCAACGCCGUGCAGGUCAAACUAGACUUCAAGCCAAAACGUGUUGAUUAUGCAGGCCUCCGCUCUGGUCAUACUACAGAAUUCAUGAACUUCUUGAUUCUGGAUGAAGCAGAUAUGGUUCUUCGCCAUACGAUAAUCUAUGGAAUUUCCGGGUUCGAUAAGCUGGGGAAAUGUCUGAAUGAUAUAUGGAUGCCAGACGUCAAGCGAAAUCAACUGCCUGGAAUCUUAGCUGGGUUGGCACCGGUACGGUCAAUUGUGAACGUUAGCGGGGGGAUCAAGCAUCUCGUCACCGUUCCAGUUCGUGAGUACCAGAAGGAUGGACGAAUUGUGCGUGGUAUUUCGAAGGGUGCAACAGCAUUUGCAAAAACUACCGGCACUGAACUGGUCAAACUAGGAGCUAAAGUUGCCAUCGGUGUACAGACUGUUUUGCAAGGUGCAGAAGGAUUCCUAGGCCCAACUAUAGACACCUCCCAAGGCGCCGCAGACGACGAAGACUCAGAAGAUACCAAGCACAUCAGCCUCUACGCCAACCAACCCGUCGGUGUGCUCCAAGGUCUGCGUGGCGGAUAUACGGGUCUGCAGCGGGAUUUAGUUAUGGCGCGAGAUGCCAUUAUUGCGGUACCCGGCGAAGUCAUGGAGAGUGGUAAUGCGGCGGGCCUUUUGAGGGCGGUAAGGAAGCAUGCGCCAACUGUUAUUCUUCGACCUGCUAUUGGGGUAGCGAAAGCAGGGGGCCAAAUUUUGAUGGGUGCUACGAACUCUCUAGAUCCGGUGAAUUUGCAACGUGCUGAUGCUAAAUAUAAAAAGCAUUGA